CCUUAUGUCUAACGUACGCCGAUACCCUACGAUACGCCCAUCCCAACUCCGAUCCUGUCAGAUCUAACGUCUCAGGAUAUUCGCCUAACCAUGGCGCAUGGUAGCAUCCACCACUGUGGAAAGUGAAUUUGCGAAGUAUCCACUACAAGAUCCAACACCAAUCAAAGAUCUCGUUCUCUCUCUCACACACUUACGCUAAAAACCGAAACUUCCCUGUCGAAUUCGGCGAUGCUAACUUCUGUCGUUUGAUCGGCGGGAUUCGGGAAAGAUUUGAGUCGUUGCUUUAGGUAUUUUAGAUUGUGACAUACUUUUCGUUUUUGGUUCGGUUGAGUUUUCAGAACAUCAGGAGGAUUUGAUUGUUUAAUCGCUCCAUUUCUGAACUUCUGAUUCAUUUUCCUUUUUCCAUUUUUGUUUUGUGAGAACUGUGGUAAUCUCAUGUUGAUAGAGUUAAUAGAAUUAGAAGCGAUAACCCUAGAUGGCAAAUCCUUUAUAUUUGAAGUCCACGAAAUUUUGUGCUAUAAUGGAAGUUCUCUAGUGUUGACUCCGUUCUGAUACUUGUUUAAUUUGGGGGAUUGUCGAGGCUUCUGUGGUUGAAAGUAUAAGGAUAGAGCGAGUCUGAUUUGACUGAUGUGGGAGAUGGAACAAAAGGGAAUCUCGUUGGGCAGAGGUGGAGUUGGAGGAGGUAACUUUGGGAAGACUGGGGAUGGGUUUAUUGAUCGCAGUAAAGUGACAAUUUUACUUUGUGACAAUGAUUCGAUGGGUUCAGGAGAGGUUUUUACUCUUCUUCGUAAAUGUACCUAUCAAGUGAUUUCAGUGAAAUCACCGAGGCAAGUGAUUGAUGCUCUGAAUGCUGAAGGACCCAACAUCGAUCUCAUUCUUUCUGAAGUCGAUCUUCCUAUGGCCAAAGGCUUGAAGAUGUUAAAAUACAUCAUGAGCAAAGAGUUGCAACGCAUUCCUGUGAUCAUGAUGUCUACACAGGACGAAGUUACCCUUGUUGUCAAAUGUUUGAGACUUGGAGCAGCUGAUUAUCUUGUGAAGCCUUUAAGGACAAAUGAGCUCUUGAAUUUGUGGACACACAUGUGGAGAAGAAGACGAAUGCUUGGUUUGUCUGAGAAGAAGCUCAUGAACUGUGAAUUUGAUGUCAUACCUUCAGACCAUAGUGAUGUUAACACAAACAGUACUGUAUAUUCAGAUGAUACAGAUGAAAAGCCACAAAAGAGUGCCAAUCUAGAGAUGUCUGUAUCAAUCCAUCAUACAAACGAGAUUAAUGUGAUAUUAGCUCCUGGCCAUCAACAAGGGAAAGUUAUGUGUGGUCCAAAGAAGAGUGAACUAAAGAUAGGUCAAUCUUCAGCAUUUCUUACAUAUGUCAAAUCAAAAGACUUUCAUUGCAGUUCUGUGUCACUGGACGAGUCAUCUACAACUCCUCUAGAGUUUCUUCCCAAAGCACACAUAGAAGAAGGGUAUAAUCGUCAUUCUGGUUACCCGUAUUAUCUUCAUGGUGCAAAUGCGAUGAAUCAGGUUAUGAAUAUGAUGCCACCAUCAUCAUCAUCAGAAGCAACAAUGUAUCAUCAUCAUCAUCAUCAUCAGAUGACGUCAUAUCCGUACUACCCGGUUAAUCUUUGUUUACAACCACCGCCACCACCACCACCACCACCACCACCACCGGGGCAGGGGCAGAAUGAGGGGAAAAUGGAUAGAAGAGAAGCAGCUUUGGUGAAGUUCAGGCAGAAGAGGAAAGAGCGUUGCUAUGAUAAGAAAAUAAGGUAUGUGAAUAGGAAAAAAUUAGCUGAGAGAAGGCCACGCGUCAGGGGACAGUUUGUGAGGAAAGUUAAUGGGAUAGAUGUGGAUCUGAAUGGGCAUCCCACAUCCACUACUCAUUUUCAUGAAUCAUGA